UCUUAGAAUCUGAAGAAGCCAAAGCAGACCUGGCAAGUCGACAUGACCAGCCUGAGCCCCUCAUCUUUUCCGCUACUAUAACAAUAUUAUAAACAAUUUUUUCGACCGAAGGUUCGAGUAACUCAUUUUCUUAGCCUUCGUUUUCACGAUCUCUCCUUGAUUCAUUCGGAGAGACAGAAACUUCAAAGAAAGAACAAAAAGGGAGGCUAAAAAGAUAACAGAAUGGCCUGCUUGCUUCCCUUCAACAAUGGAAAUUUGGAUCUAACCUUUUUCGUCUUCAAGCCAACAGUUGUUUUGGUCGAUGAAUUUGUUGACGCUCUAAAACAAUUUUCUUCAUGCACUGGGAGUCUUGGCUGCUUACAAAGCUCUAUUUUUAAAAGCAUCCAUGGAAAUAUGAUCAUAUGGUAUGGAGCAUGGCAGAAGAGAUCUUGUGAAAACAAAGGGUUAUUAUGUAAAACCCUUGUCUCAAUGUUAAACAGUACAUCAAGCAUGGCUAUCCUAAUUGACCAUAGCUUCAUUGAUGCAUACGUUGGAGAGUCGAGAGACAGCUCCUCUGCCAUAAGAUUUCACACAGGUGACAUAAUAUCCAUGCAUGCAGGCUCUGCGGCAGCCGACUCUGCCAGCGACAUAGAUGACCUUUCAUAUGCAUGCUUAGCAGUAUUCAAAUCUCGUUUUCCGAAGAUGGAAGGUGCUGCAGCCGGAGUUUGCUUUAGAUACCAAGCCAAGCCAAAAGUGGUAUGCCUUUGUGUGUGGAAGUCAAUCCAACUUUGUUACUCAUGGAUCCUAAGCGCAGAUCAGAGAAAGGCUAUUCUGCCCUAUUUGGAUCGCUUUUCUGCUGACAUUAAGUAUGACAUCUUUCGGGUUGUCUAUGUCAGCAGUGACAGUGUACUAAAGUUUCAGUCUUUCCCUCCUACUGAAAUAUUAGAAAAUGGAGGAGAAAGCAAAGAAGGGCAGGUCAUGCAAAAUUGAGAAAAUUUGAGAAAAGGGUGCUGCUAGAAUGUAAAACUAAACCCUUUCUGCAUCUUUGUUGCAGUGUAGAUCAAUUGUGAUGGUUUCAUAGAGGAAAUCCCACUCAUGGAGGGAACUAGUUGUAGGGGAAAGGGUAAUAAAUUACCUUUUUACAUAAGGCCUAAAUAUUGAGAUAUGAAGUGGUAUCCAUAAUCCACUGGUGUCUGUAGUGGAUCACUCGAUCUCUUUAUUAUUAAAACUUGUUCUGAUUA